AUGGCCGUCCUGCAGAAAUCCAUGAGCUUUUCCCUUAUGGGAACUUUGGUUGCCAGCUGCCUGCUUCUCAUUGGCCUGUGGACCCAGGAGGCAGACACGCUGCCCAUCACUUCCCACUGCAAGCUCAAUAUGUCCAACUUCCAGCAACCAUUCAUCGUCAACCGCACCUUCAUGCUGGCCAAGAAGGCUCGUCUUGCAGAUAACAACACAGAUGUCCGACUCAUUGGAGACACACUGUUUCAGGGAGUCAAUACUAAGAAUCAAUGCUACCUGAUGAAGCAGGUGCUCAACUUUACCCUUGAAGAAGUUCUGCUCCCACAGUCAGACAGAUUCCAACCCUACAUGCAGGAGGUGGUCCCCUUCCUGACCAAGCUAAGCAACCAUCUCAGCUCCUGUCACAUCAGUGGUAAUGACCAGCGCAUCCAGAGGAAUGUACGGAUGCUGAAGGAGACAGUGAAAAAGCUCGGAGAGGGUGGAGAGAUCAAAGCAAUUGGGGAACUGGAUCUGCUGUUUCUGUCCCUGAGAAAUACUUGUGUCUAA